ACAAGAAUCACAUUAGAUGCAUGGCAGGCCAACAUUUUCGCCCACGAUAAAUGAUUGUAAAAGAGAAAGUCGUAUAUUAGAAUAUUUUGGCGAAUUUGGGGUAUCGUAUAAUAGUGAUGUUUAACUGCUGCUCUUUUAGCCCCCAGGCACUGGGGACUUUAAGUCAGCUGUCGUCUUUGAUGAACAGCCUGAAAACAACAACACAAUCAGUUCUCAGUGGACAACGACACAUACACAGGAGACACCAUAGGCAUGCCAAAGUUUCAAAUUCAUCAGACCUCCAGGAGGGUGCAAAGUUUGCACAGAUGUCAGAACUGGCUGACAAGAUUGCAGAAGACUGUGGGUUGGGUGAUCUCCCUUCAUCCCUCUUAGAUGUAGAGCUAUGUCCUUUAUUAAGCGCUUCACCAAGGAAUGCCUCUGGACAUUGGCUAGAGUCGUACAUAUCAGCAAACACAUUUUUUGAGAAUAAGAAUGGAUUCCCUCAGCACCAUUUACAGCAUCACGCAUUCCUGUCUAACGCAGUGCAGCUGCUUUCUCGACCAGAAGUACAUGGGUUAUUGCAACAGAGUUUUGUCAGCUGCCACACCCAACAGACUCGAGGGUUUAAGACAGAUCGCAGUGGAAAGACAGGAGUGGGUAAGGUUAGCUCUCUCAGCAACUCUCCACUGGAUGACCUCAGAAAAUCAGUUUAUGAAAAACUUUUCCCUGAAACCAAAAUGAGCAGGAGUAAGACAGAUAAGAUGCGAAAUUUACUGCAGCAAGGGGAGGGAACUCCAGAGCAGCAGCAGAAAAUAAAAGUGGCAUUUGCUGAAGGAUACAUGGCCAAUGACAAGAAGGAGGGAGAACCAACCAAAAAUACUUUUCUGUCCCGUACUGUACGGGUCUUUGUCUACAUGUGCGUGUUUUGGCUGGCCAUUCAAGUUCUGCAGAUUUUCUCUGCAAUGGGAGGAACUGGAGUCCGUGGUCUGGGUGUUUUGAACAGGGAACAGUAUGAGGUGAAUCCAGAGGAAAUCACUGUGUCUUUUGAUGAUGUCAAAGGGGUAGCGGAGGCGAAGCAGGAACUGCAGGAUGUGGUCGAGUUCCUCAGAGAUCCUGAAAAGUUCACAUCCUUGGGAGCCAAGCUGCCAAAAGGUGUAUUGUUAGUGGGUCCACCUGGCAUUGGCAAGACAUUGCUGGCGAGGGCUGUUGCUGGUGAAGCAGGGGUGCCAUUUUUCCAUGCCUCUGGAUCAGAAUUUGAUGAGAUUUUCGUAGGUACAGGAGCUAAGCGUGUGCGCCAGUUGUUCAGUGCUGCCAAAAUGCGAGCUCCGUGUGUGAUAUUUAUUGAUGAAAUCGACACUGUUGGGGCUAAGAGAACAAGUUCGCAGAUUCACCCGUAUGCUAAUCAGACAAUAAAUCAGCUUCUGUCUGAGAUGGAUGGGUUCACUCAGAAUGAGGGGGUGAUUGUCUUAGGUGCCACAAACAGACGAGAUAACCUAGACAGAGCCCUGUUACGACCAGGUAGAUUUGAUGUGGAAGUGCGGGUAUUCCCACCAGAUUUAAAGGGAAGACAGGAAAUCUUUGAACAUUACAUUACCAAAAUCAAAGUGGAUGCAGACAUUGACACUGAGAAGUUAGCUCGUGGAUCCACAGGAUUUACAGGUGCUGACAUAGAGAAUAUGGUGAAUCAGGCAGCUCUCAAGGCAGCCAUGGAUGGGUCAGCCCUCGUCUCCAUGAACCACAUGGAGUUUGCCCGCGAUAAGGUCUUAAUGGGCCCUGCCAAGAAGACACGCAUACCAGAUGAUGACACAAACUGGCUGACAGCGUACCAUGAAGCUGGUCACACAAUCGUAGCUUACUUUACCAAAGAUGCGACACCUCUCCACAAAGUUACAAUCAUUCCCCGAGGCAUGUCAUUGGGCCACACAUCGUUCAUUGCGGAGAAGGAGGUGUAUAAUAAAUCAAAGUGUCAGCUUCUGGCAGAGAUGGAUGUGGCAAUGGGUGGCCGGGUAGCAGAGGAGCUGGUGUAUGGGGGAGAGAAAGUUACCACAGGAGCCAGCAGUGAUUUCCAGUCAGCCACAGCCAUAGCUACAGCGAUGGUCAAGCGCUUUGGGAUGUCAGAAAAGGUGGGUGUGCGAGUGUUUGAUGAUAAUGAUCCUUUUGACAGCGGGCUGUCAAUGCUGAAGGUAAAUGAGGUUAGUCCAGCAAUCCAGGAGCAGGUGGACCAUGAAAUCAAGCGUAUUCUACAGGAAUCCUACGACCGCUCCAAAGCUGUGUUGAGAACGCACUCCUCAGAGCACAAGGCUUUGGCUCAAGCCUUGAUGAAGUACGAGACACUGGACUCAGAGGAUAUCCGCUCCAUCAUAGAGGGCAAGAAGAUAAAAAAGGCUGAGCCAAGCUGAUAAUGUCUGUCUGUUAGAUCACAUCUGUAAAUACUUAUGUGUACAUGUAGAGGCAAAUCACACCCUCAGCCAAGCCUCUUGAGUACAUCUCCAAAUCAGCUGUUUUCUCUACAGUACUAUAGUUUCACUGAGAUAUUAUUGAGAAGGCUCGUCCCCAGAAAGCACGUGAUGUGUUAGAGGCUACAAAUAAGCAUAACCCUAACAGUCUGGAUUUGUAAUCAAGAACUCUUUGUUUUGGUUUGAAUCUUCUUUCGAUUUAUACUUUUUUGUUCUAAGGUACCUGAAAAAACAUUUGUAAUUUGAGCCUGUUUAAGACUGUCAUGAGACUUGUUGAGUGCAAUCAUUCAGCUGUGAACCAGUGUCGCUAGUCCUAUAUUCUGAGCUACUCUGAAGGCUGUUUGCAACAUCCACAUAUGUAUCAAAGAAAAAGAUAUUGAAGUGACCUGGGUCUCAGACCAUUUUAUUUACCUGAAAAUAAACAAGGGCAGUGUUAUACGUGCAUGUGAUACCAAUUUAAUUCAGUUCACUGCAGGUUAGGUGUUGGGAACAUUGGUCCCAAGUGUAAAGUAAGAAAUUGUGGUGUCUUUAAUGGCUUGAAUUUUCUCAACUUAUGACCUCUAUUUUUUGUUCUGGCUUUUGUGCUGUGCAAUCCUAAGACGUUUUCAAUUCUUGUACCUUAAGUAAUGGUGCCACAUUUGGAUGCUACAAACACAAAGUUCUUAGGAUCAGAUGUUUUUAAGAAAUGCCACACUUAAAGGGAAAGCAUCCUGUAAAAAAUAUCUGAAUCAGGAGAGAUGGAAACUUGAUCGUGAUGAGGACAAUCGUGUGGUAAGAAUGUUCCUCUCUGUUUAGAUGUACAUGAUAGUACAUGUAUAUGUUUUCGGUCAGCUUCUACUGGAAAAGUGUAAUUUUCAGCAUGAACAAUAAUAUUUUAGAACAUUUAAAAAUACCCGUUUUGGAAGGGAAUUUUAGAGCAUUUACUGAUGACAUGUAUUUAAAAAGGAUUGGAAGGCCUAGAAAAACGUGUCAUACAACAUGUAUGGAAAACACCUCAGAACAUGCACAGUCCUUAGCAACGGAUUUGUAACUGUCCUUAGCAACGGAUUUGUAACAGUUGUAAGAGUAAUCCAAGAGCAGCUUGUUUUUACCUAAUCUUGUGUAUUACGUUUUAACACGUCUGCAUUUUGGGCGAUGUAUAUUUGUGAAUAUAUUAUCGAAUAGAUUUCGUUUGUUUUGAUUGUUCAUAUUUUGUUUGUUUUGGAUUUGAUGAAUGCGUAGUUCCAUGCAGAUAUAUGGUGAUCAAGGAGCAAAAUUCCGUGUAUGUUAGGUGUAUUAGCUACCCCCACGCGAUAUCAUGCUUCCUACGAUUUAAUAACUUAAAUAUGGAUAUUUAUUUCUACUAUAUCAUUCUUGAUCAUUUUGGCACAAUAUAAGAUAAAGUGACUGGCUUUUUGACAGCGGCAUUAAUAUCACAGACGGCUCUAGACGUUUCUGUUAUAUAUUAUUAGAUGCCUGUACCAUACAUGGAAAGCAUCUUGAUAUAUUAUUCGUCAUCGUGUGUACAUAUUCUAUCACCCAACCACGCAAACGUACUUCUUUGUGAAUGUGCAUACACAAGCAUGUAUGUAGUAGCCUUUAAUGCCUGCACAACAUUCUUGAAUACGACGUGAAACACUGAUUUAAAAAAAAAACAAUAAAUAAUUCCGGCACGUACUUUUCUUUAAAUCUACAGUAUUUUAUGUAACUGUGUGUGUAGCAGUGUUCAGGAAGACGAGGGUGUGAUGUCAGUGAUAGGUGUGCGUGUUAAAACACGUUCAGUGUCUGUAGCGACAGUGUGUCGUCAGAAAGUCUUUAAAAAAAAAAGACAACGACAGAGAGAAAUUGUACAAGAAUAUGUUUAAUCCUUUCAUUUGACCUGGGUUCUGUUGUUAAUAAAGCCUUGUGAAAAGAUUGUAA